AUGUUAUUUAAAUCAAUCCAAUCAAUCAACAACAUCAAAUCAUCUACCAACAACAAAGUAGCCUCCCAAACUAUUGGUUCAAAUCAAUCAUCAAAUAGUAUCGCUCUUGUUGGUUUAGCUGUUGAUAUUAACCCACUCUUAGGUUUGGGUAUCUUUAUUUAA